GCGAGGCUCCCCGCGUCCCCGGCGACCCCAGCUCCCCAGCUCUCCGCCCCUUUGCGUUCCCGCCGGGGGCGGCCGCCGCAAGCCGGAGUUCCUUUGUGGUUGCUGUUUUACAAGCUUUGUAGAGAAGAACACUGAACUUUGGAAAAAAUGUUAGAAACUAUAGACAAACAUCGGGCUCUGCAGGCGGCAGAGCGCUUGCAGGCCAAGCUGCGGGAGCGUGGGGAUGUAGCAAAUGAAGACAAACUCAACCUGCUCAAGUCAGUGUUGCAGAGCCCGCUCUUCAGCCAGAUUCUGAACCUUCAGACUUCCGUACAGCAGCUGAAAGACCAGGUAAACAUUGCAACUUCGGCAAUUUCAAAUGUUGAAUAUGCCCACAUUCCACAUCUCAGCCCAGCUGUAAUUCCUACUCUGUCAAAUGAAUCAUUUUUAUCAUCCCCAAAUAAUGGGAAUCUGGAAGUUCUUACAGGAUUGGGUACUGCACACAUCAAUGGGAAACCUGCUUGUGAAGAAUUUGAUCAACUGAUCAAAAAUAUGGCCCAGGGUCGCCAAAUAGAAGUUUUCGAGCUCCUCAAACCUCCAUGUGGAGGCCUUGGGUUCAGUGUGGUGGGACUGAGGAGUGAGAACCGGGGGGAGCUGGGGAUAUUUGUGCAGGAGAUCCAGGAGGGCGGCGUGGCCCACAGAGAUGGAAGAUUGAAGGAAACUGAUCAGAUCCUUGCUAUUAACGGACAGGCCCUUGAUCAGACAAUUACACAUCAGCAGGCCAUCAGCAUCCUGCAGAAAGCCAAAGAUACUGUCCAACUGGUUAUUGCCAGAGGCUCAUUGCCUCAGCUCGUCAGUCCCAUAGUUUCCCGUUCUCCAUCUGCAGCCAGCACAAUUUCAGCUCACUCUAAUCCAGUUCACUGGCAGCAUGUGGAGACUAUUGAAUUGGUAAAUGAUGGGUCUGGUCUGGGAUUUGGCAUUGUAGGAGGAAAAGCAACUGGUGUGAUUGUGAAAACCAUCCUGCCUGGAGGAGUAGCUGAUCAGCAUGGGCGAUUAUGCAGUGGAGACCACAUUCUGAAGAUUGGUGACACGGAUCUAGCAGGAAUGAGCAGUGAGCAAGUAGCCCAAGUCCUCAGACAGUGUGGAAAUAGAGUCAAAUUGAUGAUUGCAAGAGGUGCCAUAGAAGAACCAGCAGUGCCCCCCUCUUUGGGCAUCACGAGUUCCUCAUCCCCAUCUUCUACACCAGAGAUGCGGGUUGAUGCUUCUACUCAGAAAAGUGAAGAAAGUGAGACAUUUGAUGUAGAACUCACUAAAAAUGUGCAAGGAUUAGGAAUUACCAUUGCUGGUUACAUUGGAGAUAAAAAAUUAGAACCUUCAGGAAUCUUUGUAAAGAGCAUUACAAAGAGCAGUGCUGUUGAACAUGAUGGAAGAAUCCAAAUUGGAGACCAAAUUAUCGCAGUAGAUGGCACAAACCUUCAGGGUUUUACUAAUCAACAGGCAGUGGAGGUGUUGCGACACACAGGACAGACUGUGCACCUGACACUAAUGAGGAGAGGAAUGAAGCAGGAUGCUGAGCUCGCAUCACGGGAAGAUGUCACGAAAGAUGCGGUUUUGUCUACUUUUAAUGCCAGUGUAAGCAAAGAAAAUUAUGAAGAAGAUGAAGAUUCUUUAUCUUUGAGGAGAAACACCAGCAUAUUACCAAUCAAAGAAGAAGGGUAUCCGUUACUGUCAGCUGAGAAAGAAGAAAUAGAAGAUGCUCAACAGCAGGAAGCUGCCUUGCUGACCAAGUGGCAAAGGAUCAUGGGGAUUAAUUAUGAAAUAGUGGUGGCCCAUGUGAGCAAGUUCAGUGAGAACAGUGGGUUGGGGAUAAGUCUGGAAGCAACAGUGGGCCAUCAUUUUAUCCGAUCUGUUCUACCGGAAGGUCCCGUUGGACACAGUGGGAAGCUGUUCAGUGGAGAUGAGCUAUUGGAAGUGAACAGCAUAACUCUACUUGGGGAGAAUCACCAGGAUGUGGUGACUAUUUUAAAAGAACUGCCUAUAGAGGUGACAAUGGUGUGCUGUCGUCGGACAGUGCCACCCACCACCCGGUCAGAGUUGGAGAGCCUGGACUUAUGUGACAUUGAACUAAUAGAAAAGCCUCAUGUAGAUCUAGGUGAGUUCAUCGGGUCCUCGGAAACAGAGGAUCCUGUGCUGGCGAUGACUGAUGUGGGUCAGGAUGCAGAGGAGGUUCAAGGACCUUUGGCCAUGUGGGAAGCUGACGUUCAGAACAUAGAGCUGGAGAAAGGGAGCAAAGGACUUGGUUUUAGCAUUUUAGAUUAUCAGGACCCAAUUGAUCCAGCAAGCACUGUGAUCGUAAUUCGUUCCUUGGUGCCUGGUGGUGUUGCUGAAAAGGAUGGACGACUUCUCCCUGGAGAUCGACUCAUGUUUGUCAAUGAUGUGAAUUUGGAAAACAGCAGUCUUGAAGAAGCUGUCCAGGCACUGAAGGGCACACCAUCAGGGACUGUGAGAAUAGGAGUGGCCAAGCCUUUACCCCUUUCACCAGAAGAGGGUUAUGUUUCUGCUAAGGAGGAUUCCUUUCUCUACCCGCUGCAUUCCUGCGAGGAGAUAGGACUGGCUGACAAAGCCCUCUUCAGGGCUGACUUGGCUCUGGUGGACACAAAUGAUGCUGACUUAGCAGGUGAAUCUGCCUUUGAGUCUCAGUACUCUCCUGAUAAUGACAGUAUCUACUCCACUCAAGCAUCUGUUUUAUCUCUUCAUGGCAGUGCUUGUAGCGACAACCUGAAUUAUGGUCCCUCCCUUCCAUCUUCUCCUCCCAAGGAUGUUACUGAAAAUUCCUCAGAUCCAGUGCUUGAUCUGCACAUGUCCUUGGAGGAGCUGUAUGCCCAGAACCUCAUGCAAAGGCAGGGUGAGAGUCCGCCUGCAGUGGACUUGAGCUUGGGGCCUGCUUCUGGCUUUACCAUAAAUGAUUAUACACCUGCCAGUGCUAUUGAACAGCAAUACGAAUGUGACGACAUGAGAGUGUGGACUGAACCUCACCUACCAAAUGAAGCUGUAUCAAGUGCAGAACUGAGUUCUCCUGCGCUGACGGAUGCAGCUGGAAAGGGCUCCAAGUUCUUAAUUCAGCAGGGUUCACUGGCCUCUGCUGCUGAGUGUGUCAUGCUCCAGAAUAUGUCCAGAGAAUCUUUCGAGAGGACUAUUAUGAUAGCGAAAGGCAAUUCUAGCCUAGGAAUGACAGUAAGUGCUAAUAAAGAUGGCUUGGGCAUGAUUGUUCGAAGCAUUAUUCAUGGAGGUGCCAUCAGUCGAGAUGGUCGGAUUGCUGUUGGGGACUGCAUCUUGUCUAUUAAUGAAGAAUCUACUAUCAGUUUAACCAAUGCCCAGGCACGAGCCAUGUUGAGAAGACAUUCUCUCAUUGGGCCUGACAUAAAAAUUACUUAUGUGCCCGCAGAGCAUUUAGAAGAGUUCAGAAUAAGCUUGGGACAGCAAUCUGGAGGAAUAAUGGCCCUGGAUAUUUUUUCUUCCUACACUGGCAGAGACAUUCCAGAGCUACCAGAGCGAGAAGAAGGAGAGGGGGAAGAAAGUGAACUUCAAAAUGCAACAUACCGCAAUUGGAAUCAGCCCAGGCGGGUUGAACUUUGGCGAGAACCGAGCAAAUCCUUGGGCAUCAGCAUUGUUGGUGGACGAGGGAUGGGGAGUCGUCUAAGCAACGGUGAAGUGAUGAGGGGCAUUUUCAUCAAACAUGUUCUUGAAGAGAGUCCAGCCGGCAAAAAUGGAACCUUGAAACCUGGAGAUAGAAUAGUAGAGGUGGAUGGCAUGGACCUCAGAGAUGCAAGCCAUGAACAAGCUGUGGAAGCCAUUCGGAAAGCAGGCAACCCUGUAGUCUUUAUGGUACAGAGCAUUAUAAACAGACCAAGGAAAUCCCCUUUGCCUUCUUUGCCGCACAACCUUUACCCUAAGUACACGUUCAGCAGCACUAACCCAUUUGCUGAUUCUCUACAGUUCAACGCUGACAAGGCGCCCAGUCAGUCAGAAUCCGAGCCAGAGAAGGCCCCGCUGUGCGGUGCGUCUCCGCCCCCUCCUCCAGCAUUUGCAGAAAUGAGCGGGGAUCGUGCACAGUCACCUGUGCGCGAAAUCUCAGAAGAUGUGGACAAAGAGGAUGAGUUUGGUUACAGCUGGAAAAAUAUCACAGAGCGUUAUGGAACCCUAACAGGCGAGCUGCAUAUGAUUGAACUGGAGAAAGGUCAUAGUGGUUUGGGUCUGAGUCUUGCUGGGAACAAAGACCGAUCCAGGAUGAGUGUUUUUAUAGUGGGGAUUGAUCCAAAUGGAGCAGCUGGGAAAGAUGGUCGAUUGCAGAUUGCAGAUGAGCUUCUAGAGAUCAAUGGUCAAAUUUUAUAUGGAAGAAGUCAUCAGAAUGCUUCAUCAAUCAUCAAAUGUGCCCCUUCUAAAGUAAAAAUAAUUUUUAUCAGAAAUAAAGAUGCGGUGAGUCAGAUGGCUGUAUGUCCUGGGCAUGCAGUGGAACCUUUGCCUGUUCCCUCAGAGAAUCUUCCGAAUAAGGAGGCUGAACCAAGUGUUACUACCUCUGAUGCAGCUGUGGACCUCAGUUCAUUUCCAAACGUGCAACAUCUGGAGCUUCCCAAGGACCAGGGGGGGUUGGGCAUUGCCAUCAGCGAGGAAGACACACUCCGUGGGGUCAUCAUAAAGAGUCUAGCGGAGCACGGGGCAGCAGCCAAGGAUGGACGGCUCACAGUCGGUGAUCAGAUCUUGGCUGUAGAUGAUGAAGUGGUUGUUGGCCAUCCUGUUGAAAAGUUUAUUAGCCUUUUGAAAACAGCGAAGACAACAGUGAAACUGACCAUUCGUGCCGAGAGUCCAGAUUCCCAGGCUGUCGCUUCAGCAGCUGGUGCCGCCAAUGGAGAGAAGAAGAGCAGCCCCCAGUCUCCGAUGGUUCUCCCGCCUGGCUCUCCGGAACCAGAGCCUGUCCGAGGUGCAAGCAGGUCGUCAACACCAGCGAUCUUUGCUUCUGAUCCUGCAACCUGCCCUAUCAUCCCAGGCUGUGAAACAACAAUUGAGAUUUCCAAAGGGCGGACAGGGCUGGGCCUGAGCAUCGUUGGGGGGUCUGACACACUGCUGGGUGCCAUUAUUAUCCAUGAAGUUUACGAAGAAGGCGCAGCAUGUAAAGAUGGAAGACUCUGGGCUGGAGAUCAGAUUUUAGAGGUGAAUGGAAUUGACUUGAGAAAGGCCACACAUGAUGAAGCCAUAAAUGUUCUGAGACAAACACCACAAAGGGUGCGCCUAACGCUGUACAGGGAUGAGGCCCCGUACAAAGAGGAGGACGUGUACGACUCCCUCACCAUCGAGCUGCAGAAGAAGCCAGGCAAAGGCCUGGGGUUGAGUAUUGUUGGUAAAAGAAAUGACACUGGAGUGUUUGUAUCCGACAUUGUCAAAGGAGGAAUUGCAGAUGCUGACGGAAGACUGAUGCAGGGAGACCAGAUACUAACGGUGAAUGGAGAAGACGUCCGUCGCGCCACCCAGGAAGCCGUCGCGGCUCUGCUAAAGUGUUCCCUAGGCACAGUAACCUUGGAAGUCGGAAGAGUCAAAACUGGUCCAUUCCACUCGGAGAGAAGACCUUCUCAAAGCAGCCAGAUGAGUGAAGGCAGCCUGUCAUCAUUCACUUUUCCACUUUCGGGAUCCAGUACAUCUGAGUCACUGGAAAGUAGCUCAAAGAAGAAUGCAUUGGCAUCUGAAAUACAGGGAUUAAGAACAGUUGAAAUUAAAAAGGGGCCCACUGACUCACUGGGAAUCAGCAUUGCUGGAGGAGUAGGCAGCCCGCUUGGUGAUGUUCCUAUAUUUAUUGCAAUGAUGCACCCGAAUGGAGUUGCAGCUCAGACUCAGAAACUCAGAGUUGGGGAUAGGAUUGUCAGUAUCUGUGGCACAUCCACUGAGGGGAUGACGCACACCCAGGCAGUUAACUUACUGAAAAAUGCCUCUGGCUCCAUUGAAAUGCAGGUGGUUGCUGGAGGAGAUGUGAGUGUGGUCACCGGUCAUCAGCAGGAGCCUGCCAGUUCUAGUCUUUCUUUCACUGGCUUGACAUCAAGCAGUAUAUUUCAAGAUGAUUUAGGACCUCCUCAGUGUAAGUCUAUUACGCUAGACCGAGGACCAGAUGGCUUGGGCUUCAGUAUAGUAGGAGGGUAUGGCAGCCCUCACGGAGACCUACCCAUUUAUGUUAAAACAGUGUUUGCGAAGGGAGCAGCCUCUGAAGAUGGGCGUCUGAAGAGGGGUGAUCAGAUAAUUGCUGUGAACGGGCAGAGUCUGGAAGGGGUGACCCAUGAAGAAGCUGUUGCCAUCCUGAAGCGCACAAAAGGCACUGUCACUUUGAUGGUUCUCUCCUGAAUUUGCUGCCAGAAUUGAGCCACCUCGACUUCUCACUCAUAUCCCGCGCUGUAAAAAGGGUGGAACUGGUCCUGUGGACUCCUCCUGGGCUGUGUUCGUCUGGCUCUACAAAACUGUAGGAAAAAAUAGCAUUUAAGUUUUUCUCAUAUGGAAAUGAUUUUCUUACAACCUAGCAUCACUUUCCCUUUCUCUUUGCAUUUUGUGAUGUAAACUCAAAGAGAAGGGCUUUUUGCAUACAUAAAUCCAGUCUUUCUUCCUGAAGAUAUCUGAGAUUUUAUAGUCAUAUGGGCCAAAAUUAAUAUGUGCUCAACCAGUUAGUAGAGAAAGGAAAAAAUCAUUCGAAAGCUAACUAAGGGGAAAUGGCUUCAUGAAAUUAAGAUGAAAAAUGAAAAUUUAAAAUAAAGAAGAAAAUCUCAAGUGUUACAAAAAUGCAUUUUGUUAAUCCACCUCUCCCCACGUCUAACUGAAGAAGAAAAGAAAAAAGUUAUACUGAAAAUGUUUAAAAAUACUUUCAGUAUUUAAAAGUGUUGAAUAUUAUUGAAACUUUGCACGUCCCAGCUCUAACAUGCAGAUAUAUAGCUGCCUCCUAAAAUGGGCUUCAAGAUUGCGUAGAUGACAACAGUAGGAAGCAGUGUCCCUGAGUUUGUGAAGAAACCACUUAUUGCAUAUCUCGAUGUUCAUUUUCAGUUUUGACCUAUUAUACAAUAUUUUCACGUUUCUGUAAGUAAAAUGAUGACGCUACCUUGUACGGACUGAAAAGCAGCCUUGCUAACUGUGCAGGACCAUGGGAGGCUCUCCGAAUUGUUAGUGCUGGUUUUAAGGGAUGCAACGCUGAAAAUGUGUCGGUGCGCUCUGCAGUGGUUUUUCAGUUAGUAUUAAUCUUAAUGACAGAGAAAAAAACAAUGUGUUAGUCAUUAUUUUGGUUGUAUGCCAUUCGUAAAUUGAUAGAAAAAUUAAGGGGAUUAACAUACCUUCAUUUCAUUGCCUUAUAUUAACAUCUUAUAAUACAAUAGUUUAAGGGAAACAGAUGGAGCUGUUUAUUGAGACAACUGGUGAGGAAUUAUCAUGUGUUCAUUCCCAUUUUAGAGCGUGAAACUCCUACAUUAGAAUAUAUAAAGUCACUUUAAAUAUUAUCUAUAUUUGUAACAAAAGUAGUGUACAGAUAUUUUAUUACAGCACUUUUGUGUAAAUGCAGAAUUGAAGUGAAUAAAUAAGUUUCAUGGUGCACAAAAAAA